AUGUUCAUGUCAACGCUGCCCAAGACUGAGGUUCCGGCGGCGGAGCGUCUGGACCCGCUGAAUCCUGACGGGGUUGGAAGCCAUCUGGGGAACGACAAAAAGGCGGAGUGGUCAACUGUGGAUUUGGAUGAAGUUUAUCUCCACGGGCCCCGUGUUACUGGAUGGAGGAUUCAGAGGUUCCUGCGGUACAUGGCAGAGGAAACCCCCGCGCAGGCCGAGAUGAUGCGGAGAGGCGAAGAAGUGGUGGCUGGAAAGGAGCCCAUCCCUAGUACGCCGAGCAUGAUGAAGGCAAAGAUGAGCGCUUUGGGCUUCCUGGGUAGACUUGAAGCUCGACUCUACGACUACCCGAAGGCCCAAGCAGAUGUGUACAUCGGCGAAUCGCGGGAGUACAUGAAGCUCAAGCUGAAACAGCUGCACGACAAGCAGGUUGCGGAGGGCAAGGAUCAGCACCGAAACUCUCUGGACGAUUGCUACACGUCGGAGCAGUACGCGGACCUGCACGAGAAGCACUUUCUGAGGGAGAUCAAAGAGUGCUACCAGAGAGCCAGGGUUGCACUAUCAGAAAGUCUCUGGCGGUGUUUUGCGGUGCAGGUGAUGAUUCAACUCGCACACCAAAUGUUGGGGAGGGGAUGCAGCAUUCGUGCUCUACGAUUCGCGAACAUGUUUGUCCGCCACACGCGUAGCAGCACGGCCGUCCCCGACCGCCAGAAGGAUCUCCCUGUGGUGGUUUUCGCCUCUCGAAAGUCCAAGACGAAUGCGACCAACAGGCUGACCCACCAAUUCUUGGCCCGGCACAUCAACUUCGCGCUCUGCGGUGUUGGUGGUCUUUUUCUGUGGAUUCAUUUCGUCUACGACCUCGUGCCACUGCGAUUCGGAGCGGACAUCAUUCCGCCACUGGACUUCAGCGACCCCCUUCAGUGGUCUAAGAAGCACAUUUUCUUCCCAUUGAGGCACGGAAGGGAACAACUGCAGGAAGAGCUUCCGUACGUGACUCACAACAACUGGAUUAAUUGGGUCAUGAACGACGUAGCGCGACCGCCCUGGCGGAUUAGCAAAAAGACCCAUGCGUUUCGCCGAUCGGGAGCCCAAGGCCUGAGUGACGAUCGCUGUCCCGACCCCGACAUCAACGCUCUCGGCGGCUGGGAGCAGGGCGAGAUGCGAAAGUCCUAUGUCGUGGGCGUUCCGUUUUGGCCGGUCUUGAUGAUGGCCGGAUUCAGUGGGGAGCCGGGAGAUUACUACAUCGGCAGAGCGCACGCUAAACUCGACAACGACACCGAGUGGAAACAGUUGCAAGACCUCUUCAAGCUGUUCAUCUUCCCGCGCCUCGAAUCUGAUUUGGCAAAGGUCGAUAAUUACAACCGCGAGAAUCCGGAUAAGCCGCACCACUCUGGCAGAAGUUUUUUGGAGGCUCUUGCAAACCCUGGGCGAGACAUCGUGGCACAGGACCUUGCCAUGUGGUGGUUCUACUGCCCCGAUCACGACCAUCUUUUCGACGGUACAAGACGGCCAUGCCAGUGCCCGCGCCACCCGUACACGGACAUGAAUCCGCUCUGCCGCCACCAUCUCUUCCAGAAAUGGGCCAUCAAAGUGGCAAUCAUGCACAAGGCUGGCAUUGAACUUCGUGAAGCCAGAGGCACCUCUGCAGCCGCUGAUGCGAUCUACAAGCUGAACUCAUCCCGAAAGUACCAGAAGCUCCUCGUAGAGAACAACCUGUGGCGGACGGAAUGUGGUCAGAAGGAUCACGAGAUUGGCGUGCUGAAGAACAGGCUCGCUGAAACCGAAGAGAGGGAGAAGAAGACGGCCGCUGAAAACAAGCAGCUCAAAGAGGAGCUGGCUGCUCUAAAGGCGCGUGCAGAGAGCAGCGCGAACGCACAGGCCGCUGAUCGAGGGUCGGGCUCGUCGGCAAAGGAGGAAGCUGGUGGGGAGGCUCCGAAGCCUGGGAAGGCACAAGCCAGCACUCCAGUGCGGGCAUUUUUCGACCUUGUCGUUAAACCCUGGCGGGACUCGGAGUCGGUCGCAAAGGCAUGGGAGCACUGGGUGAAGGUGACCUUUUUGAUGGAAGGGAAGACUCUCCGCCAGCUGUCGUCAGAAAAAAGUUUCUACCCCACUUUCUCGUACAUUGAGAAGGGUGUGAAGGACGAUGCUGGCGACAAAAAAAUGAAGCGCAUGAGGAACGUGAUGCUCGCGGUCGAGAAAUACAGGGCUAACGAAACGGAGGAGGCCACCCGAGAUGCCAUUGCGAAGAUCGAGAAGGACGUGACGACGGAGAACAAGCGCCGCAAGGUCGGGUACCUCCUCUUCGCCGCCCAGAUGGUGGGUGACGGGUGGGGAGAGAAGAUGUUUGGGAAAGAUGUUUGGAAGAAGAUCAAGAUCGAGGAGCCGUUGAAGCUGGCUAAACUGAAGAAGUAG